ACAAGAAUAGCGGAAGCAAACGGGUGAGGAAGGAAGAGGCGGUGAGUUUUGAUUUGAUUUUGAGCCAGAAAGCAAUCUUGUCGAACUACAAGCUGCCCCCUUGUAGAGAGUAAAACCGGAGGCUGGAGUGGCAUCACUUGCUCGGCUGGAAAAGCAGACGUAUGGUUCGAAUUGGCCUUCGCUCACUCUGUCACUGCGCAGGCCACAAAUUUCAAGAUGUCAAAGAAGCUGUUGCUCUUAGACGUUGACUGUGGGGUGGAUGAUGCACAAGCAAUUAUGAUGGCUCUUGUAGCUCCUAACGUGCAGAUCCUGGGUAUAACAUGUACUCAUGGAAAUACAAACAUUGAAAAUAUAUGCAAGAAUGUACUUCGAGUGCUAAAAGUUUGCCAGAGGACAGAGAUUCCUGUAUAUCGUGGUGCAGAUGCAUCUAUUCUGGAAGAUCAGCUAAAUGAUGGCCAGUACCAUGGAAAGGAUGGUCUAGGUGAUGUUCCAGAUUGUAAUGCUCCAGGUUUGGAACACAUACAAGCUGAACAUGCAGUAAAUGCCAUCAUAAGAACAGUCACUGAACAUCCUGGUCAGGUCUCACUUGUGGCUACUGGCCCCCUGACCAAUGUUGCUCUGGCAUUUAAAAUGGACCGCACCUUUCCAUCGAAGUUAAAGCAUUUAUACAUCAUGGGAGGAAACAUGGAAAGCAGAGGGAAUGUUGCGAUCUGUUCUGAAUUUAACUUUGCAGCAGAUCCUGAAGCAGCUUAUAUUGUCUUGAAUCAUUUUGCUUGCCCCAUGUAUAUAGCGACUUGGGAAUACUGUAUUCGUCAUGUACUGCCUUGGGAGUUUUUUGAGGAGUGGGUAAACCAAAACACUGAGAAAGCUUGCUUCAUGAAGAAGAUAACAGCUCACAGUGAAAAAUUUUCCAAAGGCAACCAAGGCAAAAGAGAGCUGUAUUUUGAACCUGGCUUUGUGUCCUGUGAUUCUUUUGCAAUGGCAGCUGCAAUUGAUGAGAGUGUUGUCACAGAAUAUAUGCGAUAUGCAGUAAGCGUGGAGUUACGAGGUUCGGUGACCAGAGGGAUGAUGAUUGUGGAUACACUUAACCUACUGCAAAAAGAAAAUCAAGCUUUUAUUAUGACAAAAUGUGAUGUUGAGAAGUUAAAACAGCUCAUGAUGUCUGCUCUGAAGUAGUAGGCUUAAUAACACCAGCAAAAAGAAAAUUGAUCACAACUAUCAGUAGACUUUCUAGAUUGCACAGUGUGGAUUUGCCUUUAUUGGCAAGUUACUUUUCCUGUUUCCUAUAGAAUUGUGAGAAUGUUUCUUUGACUUCUUUCUAUUUGUGCCAAUCCCCUUAUCAUUUUCUGCUAAAAGCAUAAGGUGGGACUCACUGGAUUGUAGGGUUUCUCUUCUAAAUCAUCCAACCCGUUCAUUUUCAUGUUUGACUGCAGGUUUUGAAUAUUGGCAGACCAGUGCUAAUGUUCACAGUUAAAUCAGAUUUACCCAAUGAAAUAACUCCAAGUCACCCUUUAUUUACACAUGGAAACUCCUUGACUCUAGCACUGCCUCGUCAGUGAGUGGAAUCUCUGAGACUCCUCUUCUUACCUGUCAGCCAGGGCUCCCUGAUUGGACCAGGUUAACAGCCCCGAUCAGGGAUGUCAUAUUCUACGGGGUCCAGUUGGCUGACCUCGUUACAAUCACAGCACCAAAUUUCUACAUGCCCGCUCUAGCCCUGGUCACUGGAUAAUCACAGCAACAGAAGCCUUUGAGAUAGUAGGAACUGCCAAUGCUGGAGUCAGAGAUAACAA